GAGGGCUGUUUCCAUGGGGAGAGUCUAGGAGGCAGCGUGACCUUUUCUGACGGACACUCACCUUUUAAGGACUUAUUGAACACUUGGAUAAUGUGGACUAGUGCCUCAAUCCGAGGACCAAAACAGGACCAUGGAGGGCAAUGGAAGAAAGGAGGAUCAAACUGGGAAUCCAGAUCCAUCACUCUAAAAGCAUCUUUGGCCAAGUUGGCUGAAAAAUUUGAAUGACCAACUCUAAAAUUAAAAGACAUUUAAAGUAUUGCAUUUUUCCUUAGAGGUGCUAUGUAUGUUUGCAUAUCAAACAUACUGGUGUGUAUGAAGUACAUCAUUGAAAUAUAAGACAUUAAAAACCUGAUUUUAAAAGUUUUUUUUUGUUUGUUUGUUUCAGCACUGGGUGUCAAACCCAGCACCCCCACACUGAGCUACGCUCCAAGCCCUGCUUCUGACUCUUGAUUCUCAGUUCUUUUUUUCCUUUUUAAGUAUGUCUGUGGUACACCAUUUGCCACCUGGGUGGUUACUGGAUCAUCUUUCUUUCAUUAACAAGGUCAACUACCAACUUCACCAGCAUCCAGAGCCUUCCUGCAGUAAAAAGAAGCCCACUUCUGUAUGCCUGGAUUCUCGUCCGAUGGAAGCCAUGUCUCCUUUUGGGGCUCCUGCUGCGGGCUUUGCUCUUGACUCCACUACUGUGCCAGGCCAUGAGGAUGGAGGAAGCUGUGAAAUGAUCACCCAGAAAUACGUUUUCCGACCUGAGCUGUUUAAUAUCACCAAACCUCACAUAACUUCAGCUGUUCGCAAAGAAUGCCAACAAAAUAACAACCACGAGAAUUUAGUGUCUGGUAAUAAACAAGAAGUCUCCAUUUCUAUUGGGAAGAAACGUAAAAGAUGUCUGGUUUUCAAUCAAGGUGAAUUGGAUGCCAUAGAAUUUCAUACAAAGAUCAGAGAGCUGAUUUUGGAUGGAUCUUCACAGUUAAUCCAAGAAGGUCUCAAAAGUGGUUUUCUUUAUCCACUUGUUGAAAAACAGGAUGGCAAUAGUGGCCGCAUCGCUUUUCCACUUGAUGCUUGCAAUUUGUCAGAAUUCUGUGAGAUGGCAAAGCAGUGGCCUGCCUUGAAUGAAAUGGAGCUUCAGACGCUACGGUUGCCGGAAGAUGAUAUGUCUGUUAUAGAGCUGGAUUUAUCUUCACAGGUCAUUGAAAACGGCUCUAGCUUUUCCAAAAUGAUUACUUUAAUGGGGCAGAAAUACCUGCUACCACCAAAAAGCAGCUUUCUUUUAUCUGACAUUUCUUGUAUGCAGCCGCUUCUGAACUGCGGUAAGACAUUUGAUGUCAUUGUGAUUGAUCCACCGUGGGAGAACAAAUCGGUUAAAAGAAGUAACAGGUACAGUUGCUUAUCACCACAGCAGAUAAAGCAAAUGCCUGUUCCUAAGCUGGCUGCUGCCGACUGUCUGGUUGUUACGUGGGUGACCAACAGGCAGAAGCACCUGUGUUUUGUGAAGGAGGAACUCUAUCCUUCGUGGUCUGUGGAAGUCGUUGCGGAAUGGUACUGGGUAAAAAUCACACAUUCAGGGGAGUUCGUGUUCCCAUUGGAUUCUCCACACAAAAAGCCUUAUGAGUGUCUUGUACUGGGGAGAGUUCGAGAAAAAGCUGCUUUAGCAUUAAGGAACACAGAUGUAGAAGUGCCCCCUGUUCCAGAUCAGAAACUGAUUGUCAGUGUACCCUGCAUUCUUCACUCACAUAAGCCACCUCUGGCCGAGGUACUGAAGGACUACAUCAAGCCAGGUGGGCAGUGUUUGGAACUGUUUGCUCGAAAUUUACAGCCAGGUUGGAUGAGUUGGGGCAAUGAGGUCCUCAAGUUUCAGCACGUGGAUUACUUCAUAGCUGUGGAGUCUGGACGCUGACGGUAAAAGUUGUGCUGCCCUUUACUCCAGCUCCUUCAGACUCAUUUCUCCUUGUACCAGCCGGUGUGCUUAGACAUGUGGACUUUAUACCAAUCAAUGUGCAUAGAAAUGGACCUAGACUUUGGCUUUUCAACCAGUGAUUGUCCUUCCUGUAUUUUGAGAUUAAUUCUACUUCACUUGCACUAAUAUCCCACCAUUAGUGGGAUUCUGGAUUCUCUACAAUUAAAGAGGUAAGCAGUUAGUAGAACGACCUGCCUCUGCUGCUGAACUGAUUCAGAAAGCAUGUACUGUGGACUCCAGGUCACGAGCUUUGUCUAUGGAUAUUGUUUAUUUGGUGGUAUUAAAAAAUAAAUGGAAGCCUCAUUCCGGAAAGAAUCAGAAAAGAUUACCCGAGUCCAGAUGUCUGCACGUGUUUAAACAUCAGAAACUCCAGCUCCAUUGGAGCCUCUGUCCUUGGGUGGCAUCAGCUUGCAGUACCCGGUGUAGCAGCUCAACUGGGAAAGGCCAUGUGCUCUCCAGUCUCCCAGUGUGCAGCUUCUGCCACGCUGCUUCCCUGUGUUAGCUCUGUGGCUCCUAUUUGGCCUGAAUUUGCAGCCUCCGCUAUAUAAGAAAAAGCGCUGGCCAGGUAGUUGGUGUCCGUAUGUGCUGAACAGUUUGGACAGUUUGCAAUGUUUCCAUUGCAUUUAGGGUCACUGUUUAAGCACUUCUUUAUUUUUGCCUUUUUCUAGAA